AUGUGUUCUAGAGUCCUCCCUGAUAGUUCAUUACAAUCAUUUUAUUUCCCUGAUAACUACCCUCAUUAUUCUAGCCAAUCUAAAGGGAUGGCCCAAAUCCUUCAAGAACAAGGAAUUAAUGUUGAUAGAAAACACACACAAUGCAAAGGUUUCAAGUGUGCUGACAAAUCAGCACAAUCAGUAUGCUACUGUUGA